AAAAAAUAUCAACACACUCUGUAACGUAAUAGUGGGCAGUAGUGGGUGUAUUGCGCAUUGUAUCUGUCAAAUAAAAUACAUAUUUCCAUUCUCCAUUCUCCAUGCCGUAUUAGGAAUUGUGGGCACUAAAAAAAUGUCAUUUUCAUCUGCAGUACGCUUCGAUUCGACAAAGUAACAUAUUUUACUUACAAUAUAAAUCAUCCCAACAUCUUUAAUGUCAACGACAUCAUAACCAGGUUAUUUCCUCCAAUAUUAUUAAUUCCCACAUUUCAUCAACUCCCUGUCCGACUUUAUUUUUACAUUUAAUAUCAACACCCGACUGUCAAUGUAAACUCUAAUUAUUUACAAAAACAAUAAUUUAAAUUUAAAAAAAUAAUUUUAAUUAAAAAGUGACACAAAAAUGCAUUUUUCAAUUCCUGAUACUCAAGAAUUCAUUGAUGGAUCCGGGAAUUCUUUUGUGAGUUAUAACAUCCAUAUAAAUGGACUCUUCCAUUGUUCAGUUCGAUACAAACAAAUGCUGAACCUCCACGAGCAAUUAGUGAAAGAAAUCGACAUAACACUUCCGACAUUUCCGCCAAAAAAAUUUUUCCCACUGACUGCCAACCAACAGGAAGAUCGCCGUCUUUCCUUGGAGAAAUAUAUCCAGACAAUUGGACAGAAUCCUGCGAUAAAUAACUCCGAGUUAUUGAAUGGAUUUCUGCUCAACGCGCAACAAGAAACGAGCGCCCGUGUCAUGGAGAACGACGAGUUCCUCGUCCACCUGAUGAACAACCAGCAAAUAAAAUUACAAAUAUCAACCGGCGACAGCUCGAGCAAAGUUCUAGAGAAGGUUUGUCGUCACUUGAAUUUACCACCCGAAUACGACUCAUAUUUUUCGUUAUUUAUCGUCGUGGAGAACGAGAACGGGGACGUUAAUGUUCUCCGGAAGCUGCAUGACUUUGAGUCCCCGUUGCUGACACGCGCGAAUAUUAAUUUUACAAAUGUCCAGGUGGUUCUUGGGAAGGGUUACUGGGAUGUCAAUAAUGACAGCAAACUGAUACACGACCCCGUCGCGCUUAAUUUACUUUACAUCCAAGCAGUCGCGGAAAUAAACCGCGGGUGGAUAAUAGUCCCGAGUCCACUGCAAGCUCAUUUGCAUGACUGCCAUGAAAAGAAUAAUAAAAAUGAAUAUUUAAAACUGGUAAGUUCAUUUAAAUACUACGGCUUCAUACAAUUCGCGGUGUGUUAUUGUGAUUUUCCUCAGCCGAAUACAAAAGUACAAGUGGCUAUUGGUAGAAAUGAAUUAAACUUGCGCAUAUUUAUGGAAAAUAAUGAAGAACAUGAAGCGAUAUUCAAAGUAACGCGUAUGCGAUGCUGGCGAAUAACGACCUUGCAAAAUAAUUUCAUUGAUAAAAAUAACAAAGAACAGGAAACGAAUGAUUACAGCUUAGAAUUAUCAUUUGAAUACUUGGUCGCUAAAAAUCAGCUCCAGUGGAUAACGAUAUCGUCUGAUCAGUCGAUACUUAUGUCUGUAUGUUUGCAAAGUAUGAUCGACGAAUUGUUACUGAAGCACGUCAGCAGUCCUAAGAACAAUCAGCUGGCAGGUAAAUCCUGGACUUACAUAAUGAGAGAUGGAUACAGUCGGAUUACAAUGGGUUCCAAUCCAGCUCACAGCGCACCUGGUACGCCGACAAUUAAUAGUGACAGAGUACAAAAAGACAAAUUAAAUCAAGACUCCGUUGGCAAAUCAGAUGACACUGUAAUUAAAAAAUUAUCCGAAAGGUUUUCAAAUGUAAAAAAUAAAAAGACAGAUUGCAAAAUUACCAGUCGUUUAAAACAACCGGGCACGAGUGACUGUGAUAUUAUGGAAAAUAAUGCAUUUCAUAUGAUAGGAGACGAAGAUCUUUGAAAUAUAAUUUUUGUACAGAUACUGACUACUACCGCCAAUUAAAAUAAUUAUUGAUAUUAUAUAAAUAUAUAUAUUAUAUAUAAAUAUGAAGAUAAAUUUUUAUAACGCACUAAAGAUAUCGUAACUGCACUAUUUUAUCUAACAUGACAUGUUCCAUUAUCAAAGGAUAUAUUAUAUCAUAUAUAUUAUUAUUAUUAUUAAUUGAUAUGCAAUUUUAUAUUGUAUUAGUCAUGUCGCUCAAAUCAAUACAUUUAUUUAUAUAUUAUUGUAGUUAUUAAUAAUCACGUGUCCAGUUUAUUUGCCGGCACGUUUAUUUUUAAAUUUAAAAAAAUUAACGCAAGUGGUUUGAUCACUUUAAUUAAUUUAUUUAUUAUUAAUUAUAUUUUUUUUAUUACAAAAUAUUUUGAAGAAUGAAAAAUAAUUCAUUUAAAUGAAAUUGACCAAACCACUAACUACACAAUUGUUAUCACAGUAACUACUGUGCCAAAAGUGCUAUUUGACUUAAAAAAAAUAUAUAAUUAGUGAAAGAAUAUUACAAGCCGUCCAAUAGUUAAUAAUUAAAUAUUCAUUUUGUUAAAAUUCAUUAUUUUAUUUUUUAUUAUUUUAAAUGACAAAAAAAAUUAACUAACACAUAAUUAACAAAUAAAUUUAUUAUAUGAUUAAAUAACGUUUAUAUCGUAAGAUUAUAUUACAUGUUUUAUAAUUAACUAAUUAAUUCAUUAAUCAAUCAAUCAUUAAUUUUUUUUUCACUGUGUCAUCAAUUUGAAUACUUACGUAAAUUAUUUUCGAUUACAUAUUAUCGUUAGGUCUUAGUUUAAGUUUAAUAAAUUACCCAAUUAUUGACAUUUUGAUAGAAAUAAAAAAUUUUACUGACAUUUAUGACAGCGCGAAAAUUAAAAAUUUACGUCGCCCCGUAAUUAGAACAUUCGAGUUAUGAAAAAUAUUAUAUACUUUAAAAUUUCCAUUUAAAAAAAAAUGACUAAAUUAUUAGCAGACCAAUAGAAUGCAUUAAAAAAGUUCAUUCAUUACCAGUAAAUAUAAUAAAUAAAUUAAAAUCUCUGCCACAUUUCUCAGUGUCAAUAAUUGGGAGUUUUAUUCGAAUCGUUACUGGAUUAAUUAAAAAAAAAAAAAUAA